GCGUUUUCCGCUACUGCACUGUAAUCUAAAACGUACCUACUCUCAGAUAUCGCAUAUUCAACUAAAUGUUUAUAUUCCUGCACCUUUAUUCGGAUUCGGUACGUUCCGAGAAACUACAGCGAAAUAUUUAGCAACGCGCAACGAUGCCUCGCUGGUUUUACUGGUUUUUUGUGACAUUUAUCAUCGUUGCGCGCGACAUGACCUGCGUCGCGUUGGCUACGGAGGAGGAAAGGUGCAUCGAUUAUUACAAAACUGAUGAAGAAUUCGACUUAAACCUGUUAGCUGGCGACUGGUUCGCCGUUUACUACUGGCCACCGCUGCGAAGGCAGAAGAAAAAAUGUGAAGUGAUCAAAUUCAAUAGAAUAAGCUCAUCGGAAGUUGGCUGUGCUGCUGAUAAUAUUCCGUUUGGAGCAAACGUUUUCAAGUCUACAUACAAUUCCAGCGCAGAUAAACUGCGUGAUAUAUUUUAUUUUGGUAAUGGGGAGGUGAAAGAACAAGUUCGGGAUUGCAAACGCGUUUCCAAGUACCUAUUCGUGGACCUGUUCGAGGGAUACAUCAUGGGCAUUAACUGCUCGUCUGAAGGCCGUGGUGUUCUCUUAGCGAAGGUUCUACCGACAAAUGAAGAGUUACUAUCAGUUAUUGAAGAUAUACCUGUAAUGACGGGACGCUCUGGCAGCCCCAACUGUCCACUCGCCCCUUAGUCGCUAUUGUCUCCAUUUCAGUGUCUCAGUUCGUAAACUCAUUAAGAAAUCCAAGGACGUAUUAAUAUGUGAAAGCUAUGUACAAAGAUAAUCAGUAAAUUCUUAUAGAAAUGUAUAUUACAAACAAACACAAUAUACCUACUCUUAUAUACUUACCAGCUAUGCAUACUUAGAUGGACUUGGGACUUAGGCUGACUUUUAUCAUGAAUUGUGUACCUACAUAUAUCAGGUUGAUAUAUAAUGAUAUAAUGACUUCAAUCAAUCAACCCACAAAUUACCUGAUCAAGUUGAGGUCCUGAAGAAGGCGGACUUGAACGUUCAAAAAUAGUCUUUAUGUAUUAAUAAGGUGCAUACACAUUUAUCUUGCUCUGUAAAAAGUUACUUCUGUUGAAAUAAAUAAUUGUUAAUUAUUAUUACCUUAGUUAGCAAUAAAAAGUGUGAAUAGUAA